GUGAGUUUCUCUGCUAGUUUUUGUUCGGCGCACAAUACACCAGCGACCACGACUACCGGCGUGUUAAUACACGGACAAUGAAACACACACACAGACACACAGAUACGUGUGCCGCGUGAGACGUUGUUGGGCUCGAGACGGACAGGAAGCGCGUGGACGUGGAGCUCUCAACCCGCCGCUCGCACCGGCCCCUCGUCCGGCCGCCGCUCCCCCUGGUUGCCUCCUUCGGUUCUCAACAUGGCGGCUGUGCUCCCGCUCCGGCCGCGCCACUGACCUCCACCCUGGACCACCGCCAUGGAGAGAAAACGCCGAAAGAAAUUAAUCUAGCCGCUCGGGCCUUUUCGCAGCAUGGACUCAGUUUUGGAGCUCUGGACCUAAUAAUGCUUUAUCCCGACCCCUGACCCCCCCCCCCCCCUCCCCCAAGCAGGUUUUUUCUUAGUGCUCAGUUUCCACCUGACGGGGCACGCCUGAUCUCGAACUGAUGGUUUGCUCCACCUCCCGACUCAAAAUGCUCCUGCUUUUGGGGCUGCUGUCGGGCUUCCUGCCCGUGGUGGGGAUGGAGCUGGUGGGAGGAGCCAAAUCAGGCUCUGACCACGCCCCCAAGACGGAGCCCCUCCCCUCGUCGUCGGCCUCCAACUGCUCCGAUCUAACCGUCAAACUGGAGUUCUCCACCAAAGUGGUGGAGCAUGAGUACAUCAUCUCGUUCACGGGGUAUUUCUCGGCCAACGCCCGCAGCCUGUACAUCCGCAGCGCCCUGCGGAACGCCGCCGACGGGUCCCUCGAGUGGCACAUCGUGCCCCGGGAGAACCCGGCCUCCGACUUCCCCAGCGACUUCGAGCUGGUCCACAUCCGCCAAGCGUCGCCCGGCAGCCUGCUGACCCUGGAGGACCACCCGUACAUCAAGAGGGUGACGCCGCAGCGCAAAGUGUUCCGCAUGCUCAAGUACACGGCCUCACCCGAGCCCGCCGCCCCCGGCAACACCACCCGCUCCUGGCAGUCGUCCCGCCCCUUCCGACGAACCAGCCUGUCGCUGGGCACGGGCUUCUGGCACGCCACGGGGCGCCAGUCCAGCCGGCGCCUGCUGCGGGCCAUCCCCCGCCACGUGGCCCAGAUCCUGCAGGCGGACGUCCUCUGGCAGAUGGGACACACGGGUUCUGGCGUGAAGGUGGCGGUGUUUGACACGGGCCUCAGUGAGAAGCAUCCGCAUUUUAAGAACGUGAAGGAGAGGACCAACUGGACGAAUGAAAAAACGCUGGAUGACGGUCUGGGCCACGGUACUUUUGUAGCAGGAGUGAUCGCCAGCAUGAGGGAGUGUCAGGGCUUCGCCCCCGACUCCGAGCUGCACAUCUUCAGAGUGUUCACCAACAACCAGGUGUCGUACACGUCGUGGUUCCUGGACGCUUUCAACUACGCUAUCCUGAAGAAGAUCGACGUUCUCAAUCUCAGCAUCGGGGGGCCCGACUUCAUGGACCACCCCUUCGUUGAUAAGGUGUGGGAGCUCACUGCCAACAGAGUGAUCAUGGUGUCUGCUAUUGGCAACGAUGGGCCUCUGUAUGGCACCCUGAACAACCCGGCAGACCAGAUGGACGUGAUCGGGGUCGGAGGGAUCGACUUCGAGGACAACAUCGCUCGCUUUUCCUCCAGAGGCAUGACCACCUGGGAGCUGCCGGGCGGCUACGGCCGGGUGAAGCCGGACAUCGUCACCUACGGCUCGGGCGUUCGGGGGUCGGGCCUGAAGGAGGGCUGCCGCUCCUUGUCGGGCACCAGCGUGGCGUCCCCCGUGGUGGCCGGCGCCGUGACUCUCCUGGCCAGCACCGUCCAGAACCGGCAGCUGGUGAACCCGGCCUCCAUGAAGCAGGCGCUCAUCGCCUCGGCCCGCAGGCUGCCGGGGGUCAACAUGUUCGAGCAGGGCCACGGGAAGCUGGACCUGAUCCGGGCCUACCAGAUCCUCAACAGUUACAAGCCUCAGGCCAGUCUGUCUCCCAGCUACAUCGACCUGACGGAGUCUCCGUACAUGUGGCCUUACUGCUCUCAGCCCAUCUACUACGGAGGGAUGCCCACCAUCGUCAACGUGACCAUCCUCAACGGCAUGGGCGUCACCGGCAGGAUCGUCGACAAGCCCAUCUGGCAGCCCUACCUCCCUCACAACGGCGACCACAUCGACGUGGCCGUCUCCUACUCCCCGGUGCUGUGGCCGUGGGCCGGCUACCUGGCCGUGUCCAUCUCCGUGGCCAAGAAGGCGGCGUCGUGGGAAGGCGUCGCUCAGGGCCACGUGAUGGUCACCGUGGCGUCGCCUGCGGAGAACAACUCCGAGUCGGGCGGCGAGCUGACCUCCACGGUCAAGCUGCCCAUCAAGGUGAAGAUCGUGCCGACGCCUCCGCGCAGCAAGAGGGUGCUGUGGGACCAGUACCACAACCUGCGCUACCCACCCGGCUACUUCCCCCGAGACAACCUCCGCAUGAAGAACGACCCGCUGGACUGGAACGGAGACCACAUCCACACCAACUUCAGGGACAUGUACCAGCACCUGAGGAGCAUGGGGUACUUUGUGGAGGUGCUCGGCUCGCCCAUCACCUGCUUUGAUGCCAGCCAGUACGGCACUUUGCUGAUGGUGGACAGCGAGGAGGAGUACUUCCCCGAAGAGAUCACCAAGCUGAAGCGAGACAUCGACAACGGCCUGUCGCUCAUCAUCUUCAGCGACUGGUACAACACCUCGGUCAUGAGGAAGGUCAAGUUCUACGACGAGAACACCAGGCAGUGGUGGAUGCCGGACACAGGGGGCGCUAACGUGCCGGCGCUGAACGACCUGAUCUCGGUGUGGGGGAUGGCCUUCAGUGACGGGCUGUACGAAGGAGACUUUACCUUGGCUGAUCAUGACAUGUACUACGCCUCGGGCUGCAGCAUCGCCCGUUUCCCAGAAGACGGCAUCGUGAUUGCCAAGACUCUAAAGGACCAAGGUCUGGAAGUGUUGAAGCAGGAGACGGCAGUAGUGGAGGGAGUUCCCAUCCUCGGACUGUACCAAACACCGUCGGAUGGGGGGGGUCGCAUCGCUCUGUACGGGGAUUCUAACUGCAUCGACGACAGCCACCGGCAGAAAGACUGCUUCUGGAUGCUGGACGCUCUCCUCCAGUACACCUCCUACAGCAUGACCCCACCCAGCCUCAGCCACUCCCACAGCCGGGUGACGCCGCCCACGGGCGCCGAGCGCCCACUGCCGCAGAGGCUGGAGGGCAACCACCUUUAUCGCUACUCCAAAGUUCUGGAGGCCCACCUGGGAGACCCUAAGCCCCGCCCACUCCCGGCCUGCCCCCACCUGUCUUGGGCGAAGCCGCAGCCGCUCAACGAGACGGCGCCCAGCAACCUGUGGAAGCACCAGAAGCUCCUCUCGGUGGAUCUGGACAAGGUGGCUCUCCCCAACGUGAGGGCGUACAAGCCCCAGGUCCGACCUCUGUCUCCUGGGGAGAGCGGCGCCUGGGACAUCCCGGGAGGGAUAAUGCCCGGCCGCUACAACCAGGAGGUGGGCCAGACCAUCCCCGUGUUCGCCUUCCUGGGAGCGAUGGUCGUCCUGUCUUUCUUCGUGGUGCAGCUCACGAAAGCCAAGAGCAAACCCAAGCGCAGGAAACCGCGCAUCAAACGGCCCACGUACCUCCAGCAGCAGUCGACGACAACGGGGUCGUCGGGGACGACGACGACGGCGGCGGCGGCGACAGCGACUGGGAAAAACCCCACAGUUUGACCUGGGACUGCAUCUCUGCGCUGCCGCCGUGGCGCCGCCUCCCAGAACUGAGGCGCUGUUGAACGGACACUUUGUGCUGAGGGCGGCGUGCGGUGGGACGAGCCCGCGGAGGCGGACGCCGGACCGGGACGCCACGGCGCCGAGACUCCGGACAUCUCCUGGAUGCGGAAAACACAGUGUGUUGUGCCUCUUGUCUGUUCAAGGCUGUCCGUGGGUGGUGUGUGUGUCUGUCUGUGUGUGUGUGUGUGUCUGUCUGUCUGUCUGUCUGUGUGUGUGUAUGUGGACUAAUGAACCGUAUUAGACCGUGAGGAUGUAAAACACACAGGAUACACCCGGCCUGGUUGAGACGGACCUGUUGUCGACGUCUCCUGCUCUUUACUUUGACCAAACUGUUUCUUAAUGAAUGACGAUGUGUCAGCAUUUUUUUAUAUUUAUUGAAUUUGUUCAUACCCUAACACACACACACACGCAUCAUAGGAACAGGAUAUUUCAUGCUCACACUCGCAUAAAACAUACUGUGUGCACUUUAAUAAUAAGACAGUUGGCAUACAAGCAGAGAAACACCACACACACGCACACACACACACACACACACACACACACACAUGCAGACAUUUCCAUCGUGAGGACCAUGGGAUGGUCCAAGUUGUUGUCUUCUGUGUCAACAGCCACUGUUUUGUAGGACCGGCCCAUCUCUGUUUAAUAUCACUGUCUUUUCAUUGUUUUUAUAUUUUCUAUAUGAGUGACCUCUGACCUCUGGCCGGCGGUUCUGUUGAUCUCAACAACAACGUUGCGUUGGCAGACUUGUUCAAAGAUAUAUCUCACACAUUAAAAUGCAUAAUCAAAGUG